AUGCCAUUCCACAAGGCCACAUUUGCUCUUCUCCCGAAGAGCUUUAGAAAGCUCAAGCGAGUCAUUGGUCAUCACCUCCCGGUCUUUAGCGCUGUCUUUGACAACUCGUCCAGGCUCGUCCUCACCGGCGGUGACGAUAACCUCGUUAAAGUUUGGUGCACCGAAACGGCCUACCUCCAGCAAACCCUCCGAGGCCACGAUUCCGACAUCACAGAGAUUGUCAAGCACCCAACCCUCCCUAUCGUUGUCUCAGCAAGCAGUGACACCACGCUCCGCGUCUGGAAUGUUGACACUGGGGCGGCUCUCCAUGUACUCGACGGCGGGCAGAAAGAAGUCAACGCCGUCCAAUUUUCUCCCUGUCCUGACCGCCCAUACCUUGUCUCUGGUGGUGCGGACGGGUCUGUUCGACUUUGGAAUGCAGACAAUUUUUCCGCCGGCUGUAUUCGUAUCCCCAUUCCUGAGCGUGGUCUGACUUCUAACUAUCGUCACGUUUCCGACACCUGGCGUGCAGCCAGCACUUCGGCUGCGGUCGCAACUUCACGAAUUGCCCCCACGUCUCCCGUUGCAGACGGCAUUAGUGGCGGACCUCAUCACGAAUUGCUUCAAGGCCAUAUCUUGCUAGGCAACUCCCCGGCAGUUCCGUCGUCUGCCGCGUCAGCCCACAUGCUGCCACCGGCAGCGCUUAGCAUGCCCCCGGCUUCCGGCUUUAGUGUCUUACCAGCUUCGGCGUUAGCAAUUCCAACGUCAUCAGGUGCUGCGUCCGCUUUCGGGGCCUCAUCAAGUCAACCGCAGCUGGGAGUUUCGGCUGGCCGCGGGCAAUUUGCCGCGUCUAGUAACCCAAUGCCGACUACGCCGUCUCCUUCUCCCAGGCAAGCCAAUGAGCGCCCUCUAACUAGGGACCCCACUGCACACAGCCUCGCUGCAAAUAGCGUCGUCAGUGGCGGACAAUCGACAUAUAGCGUUCUAAGUGUUGGUUUUAAUGCCGGAGCAACCAGGCUUGCCGUCGCUGGAACAGAUAGUUGCGUGUAUUUGUAUGCUAUUGAGAAGGCGGAAGAAGCUGAUUCCCUCUUCCCUUCCAUCAGGUAUUUGACCACGCUGCGUGGACACUCGGAACAAAUUAUUCAAGUAUUGUUCUCGAGAGCAGGUGAUAGCAUUGUCACUGCCUGCCGCGACGGGACAGCUAGGAUAUGGAACCGCGUAAAAGCGCGUCUACCGGUCGGGAGAAAGCGGAAACAAUCUGUUGCAGGGAUGGGGAAAUGGAGCUCGAUGGUUUUGGAUUGCCGAUCUUCGAUUCAGGCAGAUGCGCGAAGUGUUUUAAGUGGCGGAGCCUCGGGGUCAGCAUGUGGAAGUAUUGUCCCACGCAUGCGUCGAGCAACGUUUCCGGUUUCUGUCGAUGCAACCAUGUGGUCUCUAAAUGACAAACGCGUGUUCACUGCGAGCUCAGAUGCAAAGAUUCGAAUUUGGGAGGCUCAGACUGGGAGGCUUUUGCGUGUUUUGGAGGCUCAUGAACGAGAAGUUUAUGUGAUGGACUGCCAUCCUACAGAUGAACGCAUUCUGCUUUCCGGUGGGUACGACGGUAGGUGCAUUCUCUGGGAUAUUGAAACAGGAAAGCAGUUGCGAAUGUUUACGGUAUGGGAUGGACCCGAUGAUCCAUUCGAGCAAACCAUUCCUUUUGGUUCUCACAAGAGACCAAGCAUCACAGAUGGCCAGUUUUCUGCCGAUGGCCUCUCCUUCGCUGUGUCCGAUACGUCUGGAGCAUUGACAGUAUUUGCAUGUAACUCUGUGGAAGCUACAGCACUAGCACCUGAGGAGCAGUUCUUCUCGAAAGACUACGCUCCGUAUCGGCGAGAUCGCGAGAAUCGCGCUGUUGACGAGGAUACCGGACUCUUGUUGCAUCUUGUGAACAAGGGUCGCCUCUGCAACAAAGACUUGAGGCCUCACCCGCCGGAGCUUCAACCUAAUAUGCUGCUGUCGAGACCGAUGGCGAAAAGAUUUGAUGCAGAUGGCGAUGACAUGCACCCAGAGCAGAAAACCCCGCAUUCACGAAAUUCUGUUGAGAAUAGAAAUCGGGACGCACUGAUGCUUCGCGCAAAGGAGUUUAGGGCCAAUCAGGAGAAAGAAGAAAGGCGACUGUUGCGUGAGGCUCGUCAAGCCCGUCGCCGAAUGAUCCUUGAAAAGGCGAAAGCCGCCCUUGAAAGGGAUACCAUCCCAUCGUUUCAGCUUCGGGAUUUUGAAGUUCAGGAUUCCGACGUUGAUGACUCAGAUGAGGACUUCGAUGGAGCAAUGGAGCAGGAAGCCUCUGGGAGUUCCUCCUCAUCAUCAUCAUCAUCAGAGGAGGAUAAGAUCCGCCCAGACCGGCCUACGCGUACAUCUCGAAGGCAGACACAUUCUUCCUCGGACAUAGACGAUGACAGGGGAAGGUCUCGUUUGGGACUGCAAAUGCCGUCUGACAGGCGUCAACUUCGGAUGCGUGUAGGUCCAAGCCGUAUAAAGAAACGGCGACGAAUGGCCAGAAAUCACCGUCUCAGAGAUCGCGUAUCUGCGGAGAUCGGGGAGAGUGAAGGGGAUAUUGGUGACGAUAGCCCUGGCUACGAACUGGAAAGCCAAGACAGUGACAGUGAAAACUCAGGGACUUCAAAAGACAGAAUGCGUGGUUCAGGCGUGGACGGAAACAGCUCCACAGGGACACUUCUGAAUAGACAUGCUGCCGAAAUUCGUGCUGGCUCAGAAAUCAGACCCAGCGUUUCUCCUAGGCUAUCCUCGCGAACCCCUACGCCGGUGCCAUCUACUGCACUCCCAGUCCUUGCAGGAGCGUCAAGAAGCGAUGGUAGUCGUCGGAUGAGGAUUUCGAUCGGCGGUAAUUUUUCUGCAGGGUCACCACCAGCGCGCUUUGCCUCUGUAACUGGGGAUAGAGAGUUAUUACCGCGAGCGCCGGCUGAGGUGGGGCAUGGGGCUAGUGACGUGGCCUUAUUGCAGGAGAACGUUGCCAACAGUGUUGCUUCUUACGAUGGCCGUGGGCAAGCAAGUGAGGUUGGAGAUGUCAUCAGAGGACCAACUCCUCGGAACGCGUCGUUUACAAGCGAAAGGGUUGAACAGAAGGAUAGUUCGAAUGUGAUUGAACGUUCAUCAAAAGCAGUGGAAGACAAUCAAGGAGACACUGCUAGCUUCGUUCGUCCGCGCCGAAGGGGCCCCGGAGUGGAGGAUGGUUCGUCUGCAUGGCGGAGGCAACGAAGUCUCGAACAGCGAAAUUCUUCGGUCAACAAAGUUCGAAGAGACUCCGUGAAUGGGUCUCACUUUGCAAACACGGUGAAUGACUCAUCUGACGUGCAAAGGACGGAUGGUCACGAGAAGAGCUUGCUCUCCGAUUCACCUGCUCGUGCGCUGAGACAACGUGCCCGACGACGCGGGCGAACACGUAAACUCGACAACACUCUCCCCGUUUACGAUAUUGAUGAAGUUGCUGACCGUGAAGUGGCGCUCUUGGAUGCAAAAGGUGAACAAAAGACCAGCAGAAAGAGGCGAAGGCGAUCGUUUGACGACAUGAGUGAUGGCGAUUAUUUCAGUGAUGAAGACGUCCGAAGACGUGUGAGCAGGGGGUCCGAUCACGAUGACAUAAGCCAUCGGGCAAGAAAAGUUCGCAAACGAGACACAACCGUGAGUGAACGCCCAUCCACGAGUAGUGCAGAAAAAGGAAGAUCUGUGCGUUCGAGAACGAGGACCUUGUCGGCAUCGUCAUGGCUGCGAAGUUCGUCAAAUAGAUACACGUAUGUGCCUCAGUUGGGAGACGAUGUGAUGUACUUUCCGGAAGGUCAUGCUUCAGCAAUGGCUAUCUCCCGAGAAACCGGAGUAGAACCAGUUGCAGGCCUCGCUGCCCUUAAGAAGGCUGGCAAGGAGAUCCUUGACGGCAGCAGUUUUCCGGCAGAUGCUUCUCCUGUCCGCUUCCAAAUUGUUGACGUGUCAUAUGAGUUUCCUGUCCUAUCGAACUCCCAAAAGCCUCGUUCUGCAAGCUCACGUCCAAAGGCUUCUCGAGGCUCACAUGUACACAAUCGCGUGACUGCAAAAACCACCCUUGUUCUCACUCUGCGCUUAGUGUCUGGGUUACCGAGCCGUACGGGAGCAACCGACCGUUUUGUGCUUUGCUAUUAUCCUGUGGAUGCACCAGAGUAUUUGGUACUCACAAACCGGGUAGAGGCGGCUUUGAAUCGUGCUUGGACGGCGUCGGAUCGUUUUCGGAUUCUGUUUUUGAACGAAAGCCGAGCUUGGCAGUACUACACGGGGACAAUUCGAAGUGUUAGACCGACAAUACGAAGCGUGAUGUGGAACAGUGUGGAAGUGGUAUACGAUAACGAAGGAGAAAAAGAGAAAACAACAUGUGAGCUUGUUUCUCCAUGGGAGCUGGAAUCGUUUCACAUUCACCAAAGGGGAAGGGCAGCUACCAGUCACUCCUUCGCCCCUCUACGGGCAUCCACAAUUGAACCAGGUCUCUGCCCUCUGAUCGCUAGGGAUUUCGAGACAAUCCGCGAGACGGAAACUAACUGGAGAGUUCAGUUAUCAUGGCUAGACAACGUGGACGCCUUGGCUGCGCUUCCGGGAUAUUGCGGUAAGAUACCGUGUCCAAUGGAUUUCAACACUAUUUUGGUGCGCUUGUGCACCGGAUAUUAUCGGCAUUUUUGUUCCUUCCUUCACGAUAUUGAUCUGAUGAAGCGGAACGUCGUUCGCUUCCAUGGUGCUGGCUCGGAGAAUGCAAGGCUGGCUCUAAGUCUAUAUACGAGACUUGGUGAUACUGCGGAAAGAGCAAGGGUUGCAUUUCUCAGCUCAUUAAUGCCAGUAAUGCCAAGUCCUAGCUUCUCACAUAAUGCCCCUCCCUCCCAUAGCGGAUCACGGACCAUUCGCCCCCGACCAACACAGAAUGAAGCAAUUGCACAUGCGCAAGCGUACCCAGUAGGCGUAGCAAGGACUGGAAGACCAUUUCCAGCCUCACAACCUACGGCUCAAGCUGGAGCCUCAUUUACGAUACCCCCUUCAUAUUCGAACGAGGGAUCGGGUUUCUUGAGUUCAUUUGCGCCGUUUUCGAAUCAGCAAAGGCAAUGGCCAACGACUCGAAGCUACCUCAAUAGUGGUCAAGGGCAUGGGGUUUACCCAGGUCAGUCGCUUGGGGUGGCUCUUCCGCCUAUAUUGCCAGGUGUGUCUCAUCCUCCUGCUCCCACGAGAGGACCCCGAGCUUCACGUCUUACAGGACGAGGGCAGACUCAUUUUCGACAGAGCAGUGCUGGACCAGCAAGAAAGGGAUAUGCUCAGGCAAGCGGAGGGCAUUUCGCUUCGCAAUCUCAAUCAGGUGUUGGAAAUUUAUCACAAUCAGCGGCAGAUCCGGGGCAUCACCAUAUUAGUGACAUGAAUCAGCAUCACCGGCAAGUAGCUAUGGUAGCUAACUCGAAUCCGGCGAGUGAUGGUAACCGCGCUAGUGCGAGACGGAUUGCAUCUAACAGCAUUCUCCUGGACCCGCGUGGAAUGGUGAAGCAGGCAGUAUCGAGUAUUGGUGCAAGUCAGGUUCCGGCGAACCGUCGUGUUGCAGAAACUGGAAAUCUUUCAAAUAGGGGUCGUGGAGGUACUGGCAUGCUUUCCCCAGUUCAAGACGCAGUACCGGGUCCGAGUGGAGGAUCCCUGAGUAUGGUGCAGUCUUCACCUCACGGGCAACUCACGAGGCAACACAGCAUUGGGGUCAGCAGUUUUCCUGCAGGGGAUGGUACUCACAGCUGGGGCCGAAGCAUGGAAGGGGCUGGCGGAACCUUUCCUCUCCAUGCGUCUACAUCUGAUAGCCACAUUCCCCAGGCACAAACUGGGAGAUCUCCAAGCCCUGCUUCCCCUUCGAUGUCUCCGCGAGAUCGCGGCAAUCCUGGUGUUCGGCAACAGACGGUUUCAGUCAGACAGCAAGCGCUGACGGGAGUAAUCGCCACGGCACCGUUCCAUGAACACUCCACAGUGUCGGUCGCGGCAGCGGAAUCAACAAUGAGUUGUGGGGGUGCGGAAGUAGCUAUGCAAGCUGCAACAGCUGAAUCUGCGGACGCAGUUGUAACCGAACGAACUCGCGACACUAGCAACCGAUGA